AUAUAAAGUUAAACCACUAGGGUAUUCCCUGACUUCAACUGAAAAAUGGAGUUAUUAGCUGUCCUUAGUUUGACAUGUUUUAUAAAAUUUACAGAAUCUAUUCAUAAAGACAACUGCAUGUUCCAACAAUCAUGGUGGAAACUUAACCAAUGGAUUACAAAUGAUGGAAAAACAGAAAAUUCACUUUACAUAACAAAUUCAACCAUAGGAAAUUUCCGAAUUCCUAGUACUACAUCUGAAACGUUUCACUGUUACAGUAAAACACAUAACAUUUACUUGUUAAGGAGUACAAGUUCUGAUGGUUUGCCGGAGUAUGUAUGUAUGAUGAUAAAUGAAGUCCGAGAGGAUUUAUACUGUCUUUAUUUAAUUAAAGAAAAUUCAACAACAGAAAGUGGAAAUUUACCUGUCUGUAGUAUUUGUACAAGUUCUUUGUCACCUAUGAUAUAUACUCUUAGGCACUUUGGUAAUCAAACAAUAGAAGAUCCAACACCAUGCAGUAACUAUAAACAGCUUUGUAACAAACCUUCAGAGGAAUCAGUGGAGACAGAAUCAACAAAUGGUGGUGAUAAAGGGUACACAUCUGGAGGGAAAAAUUCUCCCCAGAUCUACAUUGUAGGCAUUGUAAUAGGAAUAUUUGUUAUUGGAGGAUUUUUGAUUGGUUUAUGUGUUUAUAUAGCUCAACAAAGACAGGCCAAAGAAGUUCCAGAAGAAGUAGAACUAAAUAAAAUAGAUAGUGACGAAGGAGCGGGCCCUGUAGAGGAUUUCAAGGAUAUUACAGUUGGCGAAAUACAAUUGGAAAGAGUUGAUCUGUAAAAAAAAAAGGGAGGACUGUACAUAGAUGAAAUACCAAUAUGUGCCAUUGAUUUUUAUACUACGUGUUCUUUUAUAACUGUAAAAGUAAAAGAAACUUUGAAUGUUUAGUACUUCAGAAUGAACAUGAUUAACAUGACACAGUUGGAUAUUUUAAAUUUCUGUUGAUCUGUGGUUCUUACAGGAACCCUGACUUUAUGUGAAGUAUAUAUAGAGAGAUAGAUUUGUAUUGCUUUCAUGCUUACAAGGAGUGUGUUUUCUUUGUGAUAGAUUUGUUUUUCGCUUAUGUUCAUUAUGUCUCAAAUCUCUUCAUGGUAAAUUAUUUGAGUAUUUCAAAAGACUGUUCUGUUUUUUCUAGGCUUGUUUUGCCAUUAUGAUCCCGAUGAUAUGUCAGGAUUCGGUCUUAUCUAUUUCAGAAAAACAAGCUUAUCAAAUGAAAUAUAUCACUCAGUUAGUAGGCAUAGAAUUCAGUACAAUAUACGUAUUUAUUCGCAAUUUUUUUUUAGUAAUUAUUACAUUAUUUUGAAUUUGUAUGAUCAUUGUUUAGAGUAAACUUCAUAUGAAAACAGGAAACUAUCAAUGUCAAGAAAACCGCGGGAAAACUGAUGACAAUAAAUUCGGCUGCUGAACGUGCAGUUCAGUAAUCAUUUAAUGCCCAUUGGAUUCUUAUCUUGUCAACAAAUCAAUCAGACUGAGUUCGUCAAAGCCAUAUGAGAUAAAUGAUCGUCACUGAAAAAUAGAAAAUUUACCAAGCAAUAUGUUACGUGUGGAAAUGAUUCUCACUGUGCGUAUAGCUCAGUAUUAUCACCUAUUGUAUAGCAACUGGCACUAUACAACAAUUUUGAUCUUUUGAUAUAAUUUUUUUAAAGCAUUUGUUUCCUUCCAAAUAAAGAAAAAAACCAUCUUUGAACAGAUUUACUAUACUUAGUAAUACUUCUUGCGUAGGUCAAUCAAAACUAGAUCAUUUUAAUGAAACAAAGGAUAAAAAUAAAUCCCAGAAUACAGUUAUAAAAUUGAGUGUGGAAAUGUGGAAUAUGUCAAAGAGACA